CGCCCGCCCACCCGGCUGCGCCCCUCUCCGGCCCCGAAGACCAUGGGUGCCCCUGACUCCUACCCCCACGGCCAACAGCCUGGGGAUGCUCCGCCACCAUACUACUCCGAUGCGCCGAACCAGCCCUACCCGCCGGCUGGUCAGCCGUACCCGCCUGCCGGCCAGCCCUAUCCGCCGAGCUCCCCCUCUGCCUACCCGCCGGUGUACCCGCCGCAGCAGCACGACAUCGAGGAGCAGAUCGUCCAGCAGCAGAUCACCAUCAUGAUGAUGGCCAUUGAGCAGCGCCAUGUCUUCCUUCGGAAGGUCUACCUGACCCUCUUUGCGCAGAUGGCCCUCACGGCCGGCAUCGGGUCCCUCUUCUACCUGAUCGAGGGCCUGAACAGCUUCGUCGAUGAGAACUACUGGAUUAUUUAUGUCUUCCUCGGUGUGGCCAUCGUGUCGCUGAUUGUCCUGCACUUUGUGUCGCGCGUGCGCAUCGUCAACCUGGUGUUCCUGUUCAUCUUCACCGUAUGCAUGGGCAUCUUCGUCGGCUAUAUCUCCACAUUCUACGAUAUCAUCACCGUCUUCCAGGCGCUCAUUGCCCUGACGACGAUCUUCCUCACGCUCACCAUGUUUACGCUCCAAACGCGCAUCGAGUUCGGCAUCCUGUACCCCAUCCUGGCCUGCCUGUCGGCGCUGCUCAUUUGCUUUGUCUUCAUGUUCAUCUUCAUGCCGUACACCAAUGGCACCCAUGUGGCCGUGUGUGUCAUCAUGGUCAUCAUCCUCUGCAUCUACCUGGUCAUCGAUACGAAGCUCGUGCAGGAGCGCCUGUCCGACCACAACGAGUGGGUCCUCGGGGCAAUCCUCCUGUAUUCGGACCUGGUCAUGCUGUUCCUCUACCUGCUGGCUCUAUUCCGCAAGUGAGUGGCCGACCGGACGACGCCUGCCCCGCCCUCCCUCCCGGCGCGUCCAUUCUCACAAUCACAGCCGAACAGGUGCGCGGCCGAAAAUGCACCCGGAAAAUGCACAUACCCAGGCGCGCCCC